CUGCAGAAAGCAUACCCGUUGUCCUUAUUGAAAUCUUGCCUCAUCAUGCAGUGCCACUCUCCAUUCAUCGUUUUGCUCGGUGUUUUUUCGAUCGUAACAACUGGAACAACAACCACAACACCUGUUACGACGGUCACAGUCGGUGACGCUUCGGGACUGCAAUAUUAUCAGCCAUCAGUUUCAACCCGCAAAGCAUUCGUGGAGACAGGGACACCUUUACCGGAGGGAGAAUUGCUGAGUUUCUCUGUCUUCGUGCAUACCAACACAGGCUCUGCAACGCCCGUCAGGUUUUUCAUUUGGAGUGGAACUGCUAGUGACACCAUAUUUAAACUGGACUAUUACAUUGACGCUUCGUUACCGACAACGAGUGGAAAAUUUACGAAAUAUAUACCUGAUCCCAAGCCUUGGGUUUCUGCUGGUUCUUUCUAUGGAUGGGGUUAUGGAAAAAAGAGUGACAUCAUAAGUUUUGCAUAUAAUUCUAAAUACAACACUGAAUUCUCUUAUAAUCUUCCUGAUGAUGAAAAUACAUGGCCAGACGUAAAUGGAAGUUACACCUUUUCAUUGAAUAACCGAUACUUCCACGCAGUUGAGGUCCAAAUAAGAAACGGAACACAGACGACAACAACAACUCCCACCACCACGCCAACCACUACCACGCCAACCACUACCACCACGCCAACCACUACUACCGCAGCCAUCAGCACCCCAGAUAUGGACAACGUGGUAACAAUCGGUGACGCUUCGGGACUGCAAUAUUAUCAGCCAUCAGUUUCAACCCGCAAAGCAUUCGUGGAGACAGGGACACCUUUACCGGAGGGAGAAUUGCUGAGUUUCUCUGUCUUCGUGCAUACCAACACAGGCUCUGCAACGCCCGUCAGGUUUUUCAUUUGGAGUAGAACUGCUAGUGACACCAUGUUUAAACUGGACUAUUACAUUGACGCUUCGUUACCGACAACGAGUGGAAAAUUUACGAAAUAUAUACCUGAUCCCAAGCCCUGGGUUUCUGCUGGUUCUUUCUAUGGAUGGGGUUAUGGAAAAAAGAGUGACAUCAUAAGUUUUGCAUUUAAUUCUAAAUACAACACUGAAUUCUCAUAUAAUCUUCCUGAUGAUGAAAAUACAUGGCCAGACGUAAAUGGAAGUUACACCUUUUCAUUGAAUAACCGAUACUUCCACGCAGUUGAGGUCCAAAUAAGAAACGGAACACAGACGACAACAACAACUCCCACCACCACCACGACCACUACCACGCCAACCACAACCACGCCAACUACUACCACUCAAACAAAAACCACCAAGCCAACUACUACCACCCCAACAACAACCACCACGCCAACCACGACCACGCCAACAACUACCACCCUAACAACAACCACCACGCCAACCACUACUACCGCAGCCAUUAGCACCCCAGAUAUGGACAACGUGGUAACAAUCGGUGACGCUUCGGGACUGCAAUAUUAUCAGCCAUCAGUUUCAACCCGCAAAGCAUUCGUGGAGACAGGGACACCUUUACCGGAGGGAGAAUUGCUGAGUUUCUCUGUCUUCGUGCAUACCAACACAGGCUCUGCAACGCCCGUCAGGUUUUUCAUUUGGAGUGGAACUGCUAGUGACACCAUGUUUAAACUGGACUAUUACAUUGACGCUUCGUUACCGACAACGAGUGGAAAAUUUACGAAAUAUAUACCUGAUCCCAAGCCUUGGGUUUCUGCUGGUUCUUUCUAUGGAUGGGGUUAUGGAAAAAAGAGCGACAUCAUAAGUUUUGCAUACAGUUCUCAAUACAACACCGAAUUCUCUUAUAAUCUUCCUGAUGAUGAAAAUACAUGGCCAGAUGUGAAUGGAACUUACACCUUUACAGUGAAUAAUCGAUACUUCCACGCAGUUGAAGUCCAAAUAAGAAACGGGACACAGACGACGACAUCAACCCCCACUACCACAACCCCAACCACCACAACCACGCCAACCACCACUACUACAACUACCACUUCCACCCCAACCACCACAACCACGCCAACCACUACUACUACUACUACUACUACCACCCCAACCACCACUACCACCCCAACCACCACGACAACCACUGCAGUUGUUAUUCAAAUACCCGAUCAAGCUACUGUGGGUGUCACAGUCACUUUCACUGGGGACUAUAGCACUUUAGUUGGCAACGACAAGACUGCCAUAGUUACAAGCAUGAAACAGCAAAUGGCCACCAAACUGAAUGUGGCUGAAGGCCGUAUUAUAAACUUGGAUGUGCAGCCGGGUAGCAUUGUUGUUGUUUUUGACCUUCUGCCCGCUGUAUCGGGUUCCUCAGAAGCGAAUCAGAGCGAGGUCGUGACCUCUUUGUACAGCGCUGUCUCCGGCAACAGUUUCACGUUGUCUGCAACUGACGGAACCACAAUUCAGGCUGCUGGCAUGACAUAUGUUAUUAUAGAAAUGACCUCAGCCCCUGUUACGUCGACUUCUACAGCCACUGCGAUUCCAUCGACAAUUGAUAUCGACAAGGCAUUGAAGCUAACCUUCAAGACUGGCGGAGAUCACGUUCUUCACUGCCAGUCUUUAAAUAGUGAUGCCACAGGGCUCAAAUGGUACAAGGUUGGCACGGGAUCGGAGACACUGAUGACAGAAAAAGCAGCAUUAGAGUUUCCAAGUGUCACCACUGGCGACGCUGGCUGUUACAGGUGUCGGGACAGUAAUGACAACAAUGAAGUGAUGUCCCAGUUUUGUCUCAGCGUUAACGACACCAUGGUGUUUGCUUCUGGGACAGUGACAUCUAGCCCACCGACAACAGCGACUCCAGGUGGACUAUCCAACAUGGAGAUUGGUUUCCUAGUGGUUGGUAUUGUCGUCGGUGUUAUACUUAUUAUCCUGAUUAUUGUGCUCAUCAUAUGGUUGUGCCCGUGUUGCCGGCGGGUAAAAGAAGAAAUGCGACCUGCAGGCUCCAGUCCUACCGUCAAGCCUUACACAGACAUAGGGGCGAUUGAACAUGAAGUUGGAGGAGGAAGAAAGGCCAAGUAUGAUCUGAAAAAUGAAGAUCAGAAGAAGAAGCACAAAAAAAAGAAAGAAGUGCUGAAAAUGUCAGAUUUACAGAACUUCGUUAAAAUCGCCGCAGUAAUGAACGGGGGCAAGGAUAAGAAAAAACACCGUAGCAGUAAACAUAAAUCAAAAGACAAAGACCUGGAAUUUGACGACAUUGGUGACCUUCAUAAGAAGGAAAAGAAGGAAAAGAAAAAAGACAAAAAAGAAAGGAAAAAGCGGUCUUGAAUGUGUAACCAUUCAGAUAUUUAAUGAAAUCAUCCUGAAGCCAUCAUUCCUUACCGAUUGAAUAUCCACCGGUGCCAAAAUUGAAAGCUGGAUGUGUCCUUUUGUGUUAAGGUGACAUUUAAAAUAAGGUAUAGAGAUAAACCUCUAAAAACUAUAGGAGGUAUGCGGAUUACGUGUUGUCACACCUGUGUGCUA